CGAAGCCCUACUGCUCCCUGUGAUACCACCUGGGGGCUCCUCUGCAGCAGGGAGCUGAGGGCAGGGACAGCAGAAAAAUCUCUCAAAUUACAACUCCACGGCUCUCGAGGGAUUCAGCAAGGCUGGCCUCAUCAAAGCAAAUGAGAACUUUAGAUGCAGACGACCAAAGAGUGCCAGUGACCUGUGGUAUGACCUUGAACCGGAGCACAUUCUGCUCCUGGGCAUGUCCCCUACGGAAAUAAGCCUCUCUGCAGAGAAAGCACUUUCUCCAGGAAAACCAUCACACCCUCCGGAAGGAAUACAGCCCUGCCAACCCAUUUAGACUCCAACCUCCAGAGCUGUGAGCAGCUGAGUGCCUCCUGUCCCAGGCUGCUUGUAUGGUCUACUGAGAAAAAGUGAAAAAGCCCUGGAACGAGGAAGCUGACAGGCCCGUGACCUCCUCCUGAGACCAGCAGGACCAGCUGCUGUUGGCAAGCAGGAAGCACACCUGCUGGGACACAGGCCCCUGGCUGGCCGUGGGGAGAGAGGGGCUGGUUGCUAAGGCCUCAGGUGGAGUGGAUCCGGAAGCAGGAAGCCUAUGCUCCCAGGAAUUAGGCAGCAGGAAGCCUAUGCUCCCAGGGGUUAGGGCCUGCCUGGCUGGGAGAGCUUGGAGGUGGCAUCCAGGACCCUCUAGCUGGGAUGGCCAACCUGAAGGAUCUGGAGACCACAGCAGAGGAAGUGCUGCGGAAACUGAAGAGCAACCAACUGUUCCAGUCCAAGUGGGACACCACUUACUUCAUCAUCUUCCUCAUUGUCCUGGGCGUUCUGUUGCUCCUGCUGCUGCUUAUUUGCCUCAACUGCUGCUGCAGCCCCUGCCGCUUCUGCUGCCGCUGCUGCCGCUGCUGCUGCCACUGCUGCCGCCGCUGCUCCCACUGCUGCUCCCGCUGCUGCUCCCGCUGCUGCCCCCGCUGCUGCCCCGCCCACUCCUCCAGAUCCCAGACAAUGAGUGCCAAGCAGGUGAGCCCACUGGCCCUGGGAGGCCAGGCAUUGCACUGGGAUGGAGGAGAGGCUGCUGGGGCUCCUCCAGAUGGGGGGUUAGCAGGGAACUGA